UUAGCAUGCCUUCUUCCAGGCGGCAUAUCGUCCCCAUCGGAAUUGUGGGACUUUCUAUACAACAAGAAGUCAGCACAAGGUAAGGUGCCUGAAGACCGAUAUAACAUUGAGGGGUUCUAUCACAACGAUAACAGUAGAGCCGGGAUCAUGAACGUUGACGGCGGAUACUUUAUUAGGAAAGAUAUACGCCAAUUUGAUAAUUCGUUCUUUGGAAUGAACAACAUCGAGGCUUCGUACAUGGAUCCUCAGCAGCGGAAACUUCUUGAAGUAGUCUUCAAGUGUUUCGAAGAUGUAGGCGUCUCUAUGGAAGAUAUUUCCGGCACUAACACGGCAGUCUACGUGGGUAACUUUACUGUCGACUAUCAAUCCAUGCAGUCACGCGACCCAGACUAUCUCCACCGGUAUGCUGCCACUGGAGGAGGCACGUCUAUCAUGUCGACUAUCUCUUACGCAGGAGGCUCAGACAUCCUACGGGCCCCGAUUCGAGGUUAA